GCUAACUCAUUCAGCAGCAAGAGACUUCAGGCUGCCAAUGCUCCAGGGAAGAUAACCCAGUGGAAUGAAGGUGGUUUUUACAGCCUGGGUCGGACGGAAUUUUGCAGAGCUGAGUGUGAGCUCCGCCCUUUACAGGACUGAAAAAGCCAGCUUAGGCUCCUCAGCCCCUCUUCGAGAUAUUUGAUUAGGAAUUUGGGGGCGGGCCCUGGCCUGGCACAGACUUGCACACUCUCCGUAGGCGCUCACUCCUCUCUUCCCUCUCUGCCACAUUCUCCAACCCAAGGAGACCAGAAAGAAGGACGUGGUCACUCUGAACAGUUCAACCCAAGAGACAAAAAUGCAGUGGGCUUCCAUCCUGCUGCUGGCUGGGCUCUGCUCGCUUUCCCAGGGCCAGUAUGAUGAAGACUCUCACUGGUGGAUCCAAUACCUCCGAAACCAGCAGUCCACCUACUACGACCCCUACGACCCUUACCCCUAUGAGCCCUCUGAGCCUUACCCCUAUGGAGUGGAAGAAGGCCCAGCCUAUGCCUAUGGCGCACCACCUCCACCAGAGCCCCGCGAUUGUCCCCAAGAAUGCGACUGUCCCCCCAACUUCCCCACAGCCAUGUACUGUGACAACCGCAACCUCAAGUACCUGCCUUUUGUGCCCUCCCGCAUGAAGUACGUCUACUUCCAGAACAACCAAAUCUCUGCCAUCCAGGAAGGUGUCUUUGACAACGCCACUGGGCUCCUCUGGGUCGCUCUACAUGGCAACCAGAUUACCAGUGACAAGGUAGGCAGGAAGGUCUUCUCCAAGCUGAGGCACUUGGAGAGGCUGUACCUGGACCACAACAACCUGACCCGAAUGCCCGGCCCGCUGCCCCGAUCCCUGAGAGAGCUCCACCUGGACCACAACCAGAUCUCACGGGUCCCCAACAAUGCUCUGGAGGGCCUGGAGAACCUCACAGCCUUAUAUCUCCACCACAAUGAGAUCCAGGAAGUGGGGAGUUCCAUGAGAGGCCUCCGGUCCCUGAUCCUACUAGACCUGAGUUAUAACCACCUUCGGAGGGUACCCGACGGUCUGCCCUCAGCCCUGGAGCAGCUGUACCUAGAACACAACAAUGUCUACACCGUCCCUGACAGCUACUUCCGGGGGUCACCCAAGCUGCUCUAUGUCCGGCUGUCUCACAACAGUCUCACUAACAACGGCCUUGCUACCAACACCUUCAACUCCAGCAGCCUCCUUGAGCUAGACUUGUCUUACAACCAGCUGCAGAAGAUCCCUCCUGUCAACACCAACCUGGAGAAUCUUUACCUCCAGGGCAACAGGAUCAAUGAGUUCUCCAUCAGCAGCUUCUGCACGGUGGUGGACGUCAUGAACUUCUCCAAGCUGCAGGUGCUACGCCUGGAUGGGAACGAGAUCAAGCGUAGCGCCAUGCCGGUGGAUGCCCCACUCUGCCUGCGCCUCGCCAGCCUCAUCGAGAUCUGAGGGGCCUCGCCUUGGGCUCCUGGCUCCGGGCUCCGGGCUCCGGGUACCGUGCACCGGGCUCGGGGUACAUGCCCUGCCACCCCGCUGCAUAUUUGGCUUUUGCUGGAUGGUCUGGGACACGCAUGUGACAGAAGUCCACAGGAUCUUAUUCAAUCUCCUUCCAACAGGCAGAGUUAGGUGGGAUCAGGGGCCAGGCCAGUUUCUGCAGGGGAAUGAAUUUGGUGGUAAAAGAAAUAGCUAUAGAGUCUAGCCCCAAAAUCUUCUUGCUUGGACAGUAGCAUACAACCAGUUCCAAUCUGACCUUUUUGAGCUGUGCUCAACAGCAUGGCCAGCUGCUUCUGCGGUUGCUCUGGGCUCCUGCUCUUUGCUCCUCAAAACAUCACAACACACCUCUUGCCCAGUCACCUCCUCCCAGCCCAGGGUCACCCACUCUGCCCUCUUUCACUGGGGCCUCUUCUAAUGUCUUAGGCAGUCAGGAGACACCCACACCCUAAGGGCACACUCUUAUCUGAGGCUAAACAGAUGGCUAAAAUCAUCACACACUCCCCCCCCCCCACCUGUUUAAAGUCACCAUAUUGAACACCAUAAUGAUGAGCUGUUAGCAGAGGGGAUAACCGGCUCUAUAAUGGAGGAUCUAUCAGAGGAGGGAAGGGUCCAGUGGUCAUUAUCAGUAUCCAUAGUAAGAUGGGGAAGAGUCACACCUCAGUAUAGCAGAACUGAAGGGGCAGCCCCCUUUCCAGUUUCAUCUGACCCAUCACCCCUUCUUGGGCUUUUAGUAUCGAAGGGGCAAGUGUGGUUUUCAAAACAUGAGAAAGAGCCUCUGCUCAUCCUUUGAUCCAAGGAUGAAGGAUUGUUACACAAAUGGCAGAGGCAGACUCCACCCGCGGAGGACCUGCCACUAACCCAGACCAGGGGGUGAUCUCAAUAGCUCGUUUGUCCAUAAUGCUAGAGCCUUAGGAACCAGCCCUGUGGAGAUGCUCACUGGGGUGCAAGAAGCCCUGGCCAGGCCCAAGUCCUGCCGACACUAGACCUGGCUUCCUCUGCAUUCACACUAUGCAGCCCACCUUAUGUCCAGUGGUGCCUGUGAUUUGUAGUUUGUCUAAGAACAACCUCAUCUUCUCCUUUUUAAAGGUGGUAUUGCCUAGGUACAACCAACAGGGUCUAUCCCACUGGGACAGAGCCACCGGGGUAGCGAGUAGCAAGAAGCAAUUGUGAGAUGCUAGCCUGAGGUGGGUCCCUGCCUUAGACCCCUGACUCUGUGUGCUCUUAGGAUCGAGCUUCUCUGGAAAGGACAGGGUGGGGCGGGAUGCUUAGACUGUGCUAUGGGUUCCAGAACUGAAAUCCACAAAAGCCAAACCAGCUUGUUUCAACCAGGGAGUGCCAUCUGAGGAGCAAGGCUGCCCUGCCCAGGGCUCUUGGGAAGCACCUGCAUGCGUCACCAUCCUGCCUCUGAAGAGCCCUCAGCAUGAAGCAAGCAUGAAUGGUGGCCAACCUAACCAAUAAAGUUAUUUUAUAAGUGCA